AUGAACAAGGGUACCGAAAAGAAACAUAACCUGUCGGACCUUAUUCGGCGACAACCAUGGAUUGGUGGCCCAGGAUCCAGAUUGCCAUUUGUGGUCGAAUCGCUUUUAGGUUGGGGAUUGGCAAUAAGUUGUUUAAGUGUUGCCUGUUAUCAUUACGUCCGCCAAAUGGUGGCUUCAUCAUCGUCACUUGCACUUCUCGCGGCGUCCUCCAGUUCGCAAACAACGAUAGAAGGAGGAUCCAAAUCGACGGUUCGAUUCACCAAAAGUCCUCUGCUUCCUUUAACGACACACAGUCGCAAGGAAAUUCUUGCCAAGACGACAUUGGAAAGAUAUCAGCAGCUCCAUCAGUAUCUGCAAAAGUUGCUGAGGAUGGAUCAUCAUCAAGCAGUCAAUAAGAUGACGGGUUCUUGGCCACGGGACGAAUUGGUGAUGCUCAUCCGAUCCGAUCUCAUAUUGAGACGAUUGGUUUCCCUAUUCAUGGUCAAACAACAACAAGAUCCAUUGUUAAACACUACUGCUGACGAAACAAGCAUGGAUUUGAUUCAUAUCUUGACCACUAUCUGGCCCACGUUGGUCCAACUUCCUUUGAAAGAGGAUGAUGAAUCCAAGUACGACCAUGACAUCUCGGUAAUUGUCCCUGCGUAUCGAGAAAAUGGUCAUGAAUUGUUUCGAAAGCUGCAAGAAGCACAUGAUUUGAUAACAACGGCGACAACAACAACAACAACUACUACUACUACAACCACCACCACCACCACCAACCAUCGUCGUUGCAAGAUGGAAGUGAUUGUCGUGCAUGCCCAUUGCACCGAUAUGGACGAAUCCUUGUUGUUGGUGGUAAAAGAUGGUCGUCAUCACCAAUCCAAAAUGCCCAAUUUUGCCAAGAUUACCUGUACUCCGGAUUUGGGAGGAGGACGUGGACCCUGUCUCAAUCAUGGUGCGCAGAUUGCCAAUGGCAGGAUUUUGACCUUUUUGCAUGCGGAUACCCGGUUGGCUCGUGGAUGGAAUCAAGCCAUCUUGGACGCCCUUCCUCCAGCAGCAGCAGCAACAACAACAGCAACAACAACCUCCAUGUCAAUACCACCACCACCACCACAAAGAAUUGUCACCAAUGCUUGUGCCUUUAGUUUUGCCAUUGAUACGAGCAAUGUGGCGGUACUAGACAACAACAACGACAACAACAACGACAACAACAACAAGAAGAACGGCUAUUUUCCUCCUGGCAUUCGUGCUGUGGAAACCACCGCCAACUGGAGGUCACGUUGGUUUCAUUUGCCCUAUGGGGAUCAAUGUUUGUCCGUGCCAACCUAUGUGUUUGAGCAUGUGGGUGGAUAUCCUCAUCAGUGUUUGAUGGAAGAUUACGAGUUGGUUCGACUGUUGCGGCAACGGGUGGUUGCAUGUAAGGAGGAAUUGAAAAUUUUGGACUUGGUGGCCAAGUGCGACGUUCGUCGAUGGCAAAAGUUUGGUGUCUUGUACGUGACCUUGACCAAUAGCAAGUUGGUGAACUUGUACAGCCGACAAGACAUGACGGCAGAUGAACUAUUUGCCAUCUAUUAUGGUACGGAUCCGGAAGGAAAGGACGAUCCCAUUCCGUGGGAAGUCGUGCUGGAAGACCAUUUGAAGCAGUCAUGA